AUGGCAGGGUACAGAGUGGAAGAUGACUAUGAUUACCUCUUCAAAGUUGUUCUCAUAGGCGAUUCCGGAGUAGGCAAAUCCAAUCUCCUCUCCAGAUUCACCAAAAACGAGUUCAAUCUCGAGUCUAAAUCCACCAUUGGAGUCGAGUUCGCCACUCGGACCUUGAAGGUUGAUGAUAAGGUCGUCAAAGCUCAGAUUUGGGAUACAGCUGGUCAAGAGAGGUACCGUGCCAUCACCAGUGCAUACUACCGUGGAGCAGUUGGCGCACUCCUAGUAUAUGAUACCACCCGCCGUGCAACAUUUGAGAACGUAGACAGGUGGUUAAAGGAGCUCAAGAACCACACCGACCCAAACAUUGUGGUGAUGCUCGUUGGUAACAAAUCUGAUCUUCGCCAUUUACUAGCUGUUCCUACAGAAGACGGUAAAUCCUAUGCUGAGCAGGAAUCUCUGUGCUUCAUGGAAACAUCUGCCCUUGAAGCCACCAAUGUGGAGGAUGCUUUCGCAGAGGUUUUGACACAGAUUUACCGCAUCACAAGCAAGAAGCAAGUUGAAGCAGGUGAAGAUGCGAAUGGAUCUGUCCCAAAGGGGGAGAAAAUCGAAGUUAAGAACGAUGUUUCUGCUCUGAAGAAACUCGGCUGCUGCUCAAACUGAAGGGUUUUUAUUUUAAAUCUGUUGAGUGAGAAUCAUAGCGCCAAGGUCCACUGUUUGAUUCUGUUAUUGUUUUGUAAUAACAUAGACAUCCAUCUACAUCUAUUGUUUGAUACUGCUAUUGUUUUGUAACAAUAUAGACAUCUACAUGAGUUAAGACUAUACAUGAUAUAAUGUGCUAACUUGAUUUCAAAGUAUUUGUGG